CCGCGCCCCGUCACGUGAGGGGGCUAUCAUGGCGGCGGCCAGAGGCCUACCCGGCUCCCGGAAGCAGGCUGAGAGGCGGGCAAGCUGCUGGAACCCGAACCGGAGCCGGAGGUAGAGCGGGCAGGGCGUCCGGGCGGCCUGGAGCCGGACGUGUCCGGGGCGUCCCCGUAGACCGGGGCAGCAGGUCGUCCGGGGGCCCGCCAUGCUGGUGACUGCCUACCUUGCCUUUGUGGUCCUCCUGGCCUCCUGCCUAGGAUUGGAAUUGUCAAGAUGCCAGGCUAAGCCCCCUGGAAGGGCCUGCAGCAACCCCUCCUUCCUUCGGUUUCAACUGGACUUCUAUCAGGUCUACUUCCUGGCCCUGGCAGCUGACUGGCUCCAGGCCCCCUACCUCUAUAAACUGUAUCAGCAUUACCACUUCCUGGAGGGUCAGAUUGCCAUCCUCUAUGUCUGUGGCCUUGCCUCCACAGUCCUUUUUGGACUGGUGGCCUCCUCCCUUGUGGAUUGGCUGGGUCGCAAGAAGUCUUGUGUCCUCUUCUCCCUCACUUACUCUCUAUGCUGCUUAACCAAACUCUCUUGGGACUACUUUGUGCUGCUGAUGGGCCGAGCACUUGGUGGGCUGUCCACCGCCCUGCUCUUCUCUGCCUUUGAGGCUUGGUACAUCCAUGAACACGUGGAGCGCCAUGACUUCCCUGCUGAGUGGAUCCCAGCUACCUUUGCCCGAGCUGCCUUCUGGAACCAUGUGCUGGCUGUAGUGGCAGGCGUGGCAGCUGAGGCUGUGGCCUGCUGGAUGGGGCUGGGGCCUGUAGCGCCCUUCGUGGCUGCCAUCCCUCUUUUGGCUCUGGCUGGGGCCUUGGCCCUUCAUAACUGGGGAGAGAACUAUGAUCGGCAGCGUGCCUUUUCAAGGACUUGUGCCGGAGGCCUACGCUGUCUCCUGUCAGACCGCCGCGUGCUACUGCUAGGCACCAUACAAGCCCUGUUUGAGAGUGUCAUCUUCAUCUUUGUCUUCCUCUGGACACCUGUGCUGGACCCACAUGGGGCCCCGCUGGGCAUCGUCUUCUCCAGUUUCAUGGCAGCCAGCCUGCUUGGCUCUUCCCUGUACCGCAUCGCUACCUCCAAGAGGUACCACCUUCAGCCCAUGCACCUACUCUCCCUUGCUGUCCUCAUCGUCGUCUUCUCCCUUUUCAUGUUGACUUUCUCCACCAGCCCAGGCCAGGAGAAUCCAGUGGAGUCCUUCAUAGCCUUCCUACUUAUCGAAUUGGCCUGUGGGCUAUACUUUCCCAGCAUGAGCUUCCUGCGGAGAAAGGUGAUCCCUGAGACAGAGCAAGCUGGCGUACUCAACUGGUUCCGGGUGCCCUUGCACUUACUGGCCUGCCUGGGGCUCCUAGUCCUCCAUGACAGCGAUCACAAAACGGGCACUCGGAACAUGUUCAGCAUCUGCUCUGCCGUCAUGGUGAUGGCCCUGCUAGCGGUGGUGGGGCUCUUCACCGUGGUAAGGCACAAUGCUGAGCUGCGAGUGCCCUCGCCCACCGGAGAGCCCUAUGCCCCUGAGCUCUAGCCCUGCUCCAGGACGAGGAGGCUGGGAAGGACUCUUGAAUCCCACCUCUCUAGAAUUGUACAGAUCUCUCUGUGACUGACUUCGCAGCUGUCUGGGCCCUCAGCCUGUCCCGGGGCCCCUCCCGCCAGUGCUUUGAGCUGGAGAGCACGUGGGGGUGAUGGCUUGGAAGGAAGAUGCCAGAAGUUGCCUCUGUGUUACUCCCUUUCCAUUUAAAAAUAAACACUUUUAAUUGAUCAUUGAUUAGAUUCACUUACCCUCACCUGUACCCACGUCAGUAGUUUCUGGUGAGUAGGCAGCUGGAGAGUUUGAGGAUAGAGAUGGGGUUGCCAGCAGACAGUAUUUGUAUUUCUAGCCUCUCUAAGACUGUCUCCAGUUUAAACUGAGAGCCGUAGCAUUGCCUCGUAGCAGAAAUGGGUGGGGAAUGCUUGAGGCCUCUAGAUCUAGAUCGUGUUGCCCUGGAGACAGGUACCCUUUCUAGUUGCCCAGCAAGACCCUUGCUCCACAUCCAGGGUGAGACCGUGUCUGGAGGAUGUGGGGUGAGUGCCCACAACACUGAACAAAGAUUCCAGAGGUUUGAGUUGCUUCUAUGACCACCCCCUUGGGACAAUCUGGGACCUUCCUGCAGAAACAACUUGGAGCUCAGCCCGUGUACGCUACCUGGCAGAAUGCACCAUUUGUCCAGCACCACCGGGGCUCACCAGGUCCUCUGUCCUGUAUCCUUGCAUGCAACCUAAGUGAAGGGCAUGCCAAGGGGAGAGAACAGUGAAUGGCUGAGGGACUGGGACAUCUUGUCUGUACCUGACUCUUCCCCACCCAGCCUGAGUGAGGGUGAGGAAGCCAUCAGGGCAGGAAACAGUACCAGUGGGAACACCAGUUUGGUGGGCCCCUCCCUGCCUCACCUGAUGGUAUCUGCCUUUCCUCCUCCCACCAAAACCCAGGCUUCUCAGAGGAAGCAGAGCCAGCUUUUAAAAAGGUGGGGAUGAAGGGAGGGUAGGCUCAAGGUUAUGUCCUGGAAUGUGCUUGAGCUGGGCAUGGGGGAGCCACCCGUUUUGGAAAGGGAUUGAUAAUAUGUCCCUGGGUCCCAGACUGCGUUCCAGACAGGAAGAUGCAAGAUGGACCAAGACCUGCAAGUUCCGACCUGUGCAGAGAGAUAACAUCAGCUGGUGCUGUAGGAAUUCGGCAUAGAUGGGCUUCUGCAGGGUGAGGCUGAGGGGGGAGGAAUGGGUGGUGGUCUCAGGUCCCUAUUAGGUAAAGAAGAAGAAGAAAAAACAAGUUCCCUCACCCAGACUGCAGGGAACAGAGGUUAGGUACAGAAAAACAUAUCUUUUCCGUCCCCUAUCUUGAAGCAAAGACAGAAUCUCUUGCAAAACUCCACUUCCUCUUUCUGCCCUGUUGAGCUGGGCCUACAUAUAUUUGAUAGGUAUUUGUAGACUUUCCGUCCCUCUCCACCGUAGUAUGGUCUCCUUGAGGACAGGCACAAGUUGUGGCUUACUUGCCUUCGUGUCCUCCAUAUAUACACACCAGUGGGUGCUUUAACCGUGGCUGUGCUUAGUAUGUAUCUGGAGAGGAAACAGGCUAGCCCAACCUGGCUUUUUAAGAGCUGCCCAUUUGGGAAGUCUACGAGACUAGAAUCCAGAGCCUAGUCAAUGAUUGGUUGUUUUGGAUAGCAGUAAUUUUUUUUACUGAUGGAAGCACGAGGAGGUCUCACAUUCCUAAGUGAUCAGGAAAUAGGGAGGAAGAGGAGACCGACUAAUGAGGUUCCUAGCUUUGUCCCCGUUGAGCUUUCUCCAAAGGUACUGGUAAAAAACUUUUUUUACGCAUGAGGGAAGUCCACUUGAAGAGCACGUAGCACGUGAAUGGCAAAACCAAAGCCAAACUGCUUCUUGCUGCCUGCCCAGUGCCUCCUCUAUGCCAUGGACUGCCUGUGUCCCCUGCCUUUCCCCCUCUAGCCUGGCUCCCUCAUCCCAAGCCCUGUCCUGGGAGACGGGCAAGCGACCGGGAGUGUUUAGCCUUGGCCAUCCGGUCCACUUUUUGGUAUCUGCCCAUCUAAGUCAAAGGAGGGAUGGAUUCACCAGGUGCGCACUGCCUGCAAAACACUGCUUUUGAUGCUCUGCUGAGGGGCAGCGUAGGGAACUGGUUAAGAGGAUGGUGCCAGAGCCUGACUGCCUGGGUUCAAAUGUGUGCCUUAGUUUUCUCAUCUGUAAAAUAGGGAUGAUAGAGUCAUUCCUACCCCCAUAGGGCUCCUUUGAGGAUUAAAAACAUUAUUGUAUAUAAGGGCUUGGAACGGCACUUGGCCCACAGUGUAAGCACUACAGUGGUGUUUGCUUUUAUGUUUUAUUUUAAAACUCUUCCAAUCCAGCUGAGCUGAACCAGAUUUGGGUGUGAGAAUGAAUGGAUAGGGCUGUAAUGGGGGUAUAGAACUUUCCAACGCAUCCCAGUGGCUGGGUGAUUCCCAGAAGUGUUUAUCCUUGGUCCCGGCCCAGAUGGAAGCAUCAAGCAAUUGAGAGGCCUUCUGCUCUGGGGUAUGUGAGCAGCUGAGUAGGGUGUCAGUGUGUUCCACUUGAACUCAUUUCCUCUUCCUCAAGUGGGAAGGUCAGCUUGGUGUCAGACUCGAUACACACCACUAUCUUUCACUAAGAGGCUCCUGAUUUUCUGACUUCCCCUCCAGCUGGACACAUGAUUAUUUGAUUUGGAACUUUGAAGUGAUCCUGAGGAGAGCAGAAACAUCCCAAGGAACCAGGAGCCAGUGGACAAGAAGGCAGGAGAAUUGGAACAUGAGGUCAGCACUGGGUUCUGAGACCUGGAGGACUAUCUCUUCCUGGAAAUUCAGUCCCUGCUCAGGGAGAGGGGGAGCUUUUCCCAGCUAAUGGCCAUGACCCUUUGGCUACGUCUAGGUUCCACUCCCCAUCACUGUUCCCCUAACCCCAACCCUGUGGUUCUCUCCAUCCCUUUUAUUAUUUUUUGCCACCACUUCCUCACAGAACCACAGAAGAGAAUUAUAAAACAAAAAUUUGUCAUGCUUGGGAUUAGAUCUAAUGUAAAAAUGCUUCAUGUUUGCUUUAAGGUGUGUGUGUGUGUUUUUACAAUAAAUUAAAUGAACUCAUUGUAAGAUCAUCAAAUGCAAAUACAUAUA